AUUUCCGCCAAUAUGCGCUUUAAUUAAGGACUUAAACAAAAACAGCAUUAUAUUAAUUUCUUCGAGACCGACUCAUGAUUUCCCUCAAAAUUCUCUUUUUUGAUUCUCUCCUUCUGCUCCCUGCCUCAAUAAGUAGCCGUUCACAUUUCCCAUUUUCUUUCCAUCUCCAUUUUCAGCCUUCUUCUUCCCAUUUCCCACUUCACUCCCUUUGCCCAUUUUCCUCCUUUUCUUUUUCAAAAUUUGAGCCAUAUGGCUGCCAUGUCUGUCACUUGCAUCAUUGCUCUUUCUCUGCUUCUUCUUCAACUUGUUGAGAGCAAAAUACCCGGCGUUUACACUGGUGGAGAUUGGCAAAAAGCUCAUGCUACCUUCUAUGGCGGAAGUGAUGCCUCCGGAACAAUGGGGGGUGCCUGCGGUUAUGGAAACUUGUACAGUCAAGGCUAUGGAGUUAACAAUGGUGCAUUAAGCACGGCGUUGUUCAACAGCGGAUUGAGUUGCGGUGCGUGUUUCGAGAUCAAAUGUGCGGAUGAACCACAAUGGUGUCAUCCCGGCAGCCCUUCAAUUUUCAUCACCGCCACAAACUUCUGCCCUCCAAAUUAUGCUCUGCCCAAUGACAAUGGCGGCUGGUGCAACCCGCCUCGCCCUCAUUUCGACCUCGCCAUGCCCAUGUUUCUCAAGAUCGCCGAAUACCGCGCCGGAAUUGUCCCCGUCACUUACCGCCGGGUGCCUUGCCGUAAGCAAGGAGGAAUCCGGUUCCAAAUCAACGGCCAUCAAUUCUUCAACCUGGUGCUGGUUACCAACGUCGCCGGAGCCGGGAAUAUAGUGCAAGUUUGGGUGAAAGGAUCAAAGACCGGGUGGAUGGCAAUGAGCCGGAAUUGGGGCCAGAACUGGGAGACAAACACCGUGUUGGUUGGACAAUCACUGUCUUUUAGAGUUAGAGCAAGCGACCACCGGUCUUCCACUUCAUGGAACAUUGUACCUUCAAACUGGCAGUUUGGUCAAACUUUCUCAGGGAAAAAUUUCCGGGUUUGAAAAAAAUUUCCCUAGGCUCUUUAGUGGGAUAAGUGCCAGAAAAGAAAGAGGGUAAAAUGGCACUUUAAAGUUUUAGGAGUGUGUUUUUUGUGUGACUGUGUCUUUUUUGGACUAUAUACUACAUGGGAAGAGAGGGCAUUUUCAAUUUUGUUAAUGAUGGAUCCUGAUGUUGCAGUAGGAAAAAAAAAAAAAAAAAAAACUACUGCUGUGAUAAUCUUUAAUUAUGAUUUGUAAGAAAGAGCUUGAAGGUGGCUGAUGCGUAUUUGUAGCCCGCAGCUUGCUUACUUAAUUAAUUUUAUUAAUAGAGUAAUGAUUUUGUC